GUUUUGAAGAUUCGAUCAUCGUAAUCUUUAGUAACGUUUUUGGGGGAGAAUUUUUAUGCUGGGUUCUGCUCUCUUUGCGGCUGAAGUUUGCUUCUUUGUGACUCUCAAUUUCAAGGACACUUGACGGUGCUAGGUGUAUUGUAUGUUCCGAGUUGCUACACUGAGAUCACCUAAAGAAUAAUUAAGAGCAGGAGAUGAACUUUCGAUCUUUUGGCUUCUCGGGGACAGAAGAGUUAUGCAGUGCCUGUUAGUGCUAUUUGCAAGACGAAUUAGGAGAAGGCGACGAAGAUUUAAGCGAUAACAUGAAUGCUCACAUUUCGGGACAACUCUCUGGGCAGGUUCCAAACCAAGGGACAAUCCCGCAGAAUAAUGGAAACUCUCAAAUGCAGAAUGUAGUUGGUGGUACUGGUGUUGCUGGUGCUGCUACUGGUACUGCUACUGCUACUGGUGUAAGGCCUGCACGUAAUAUCGUUGGUGCCAUGGAUCACGAUAUUAUGAAACUUCGACAGUAUAUGCAAACUCUUGUAUUUAACAUGUUACAACAACGGCAACCAUCUCCUGCUGAUGCUGCAUCAAAGGCAAAGUAUAUGGAUGUUGCUAGACGUUUAGAAGAGGGGCUGUUUAAGAUGGCUAUCACAAAGGAGGAUUACAUGAACCGGACAACCCUUGAAUCUCGGAUUACAAGCCUAAUAAAAGGCAGACAGAUGAAUAACUACAAUCAGCGACAUGCUAAUUCUUCUUCGGUUGGAACGAUGAUACCUACUCCAGGAUUAUCACAGAAUGCGGGUAAUCCUAAUUUGAUGGUUACAUCUUCUGUUGAUGCUACAAUAGUUGGCAACACCAACAUCACAAGCACAGCUGUGAACACUGGAAACCCUCUAAUUGCUGGUGGCAUGCAUGGAGGUAAUAUGUCUAAUGGAUACCAGCACUCAUCGAGAAACUUUUCUCUUGGUUCUGGAGGGAGCAUGACAUCCAUGGGUUCUCAAAGAAGUACUGGCCAUAUGAUUCCUACACCUGGGUUCGUUAAAAGUGUUACUAAUAACAACAGUGGUGGAUUUUCUGCUGAGCCCACAAUUAUACCUCAGUCUCAGCAACAGCAACAAAGGCAACAUACUGGUGGUCAAAUUAGUCACAUGUUGCCCAACCAGAUGGAUGCUGGCCUUAGACCCGACAUGCAAUCAAAGCCAUCUGGUGUGGCCAAUAGCUCUGUAAAUGGUGGUGUUGGAGCGAACGAAAAAAGUGUAGACUCAGGUUCAUCUUACACUAAUGCGUCCAAAAAAUUACAGCAGGGGGAAGGUUAUAGCACAACAAAUCCUGACCCCUUCGAUGGAGCUAUAACAUCGGCUGGGACGAGGACAAAUGCUCAGAAUAUCAAUACAGCAAGUUUACAGCCUGUGUCCAGAGUUAGCUCUUCUCUGUCACAUCAACAACAAUUUCAGCAACCGCCUAAUCGAUUUCAGCAACAACCAAAUCAGAUUCAACAGCAGCAGCAGCAAUUUCUCAAUCAAAGGAAAUUGAAGCAGCAGACUCUGCAGCAACAUAGAUUAAUAAGCAAUGAUGGCUUGGGGAAAACUCAAGUGGAUUCAGACAUGAUUACGAAGGUGAAACAUGAACCUGGAAUGGAGAACAAGAGUCAGGCUACGCACUCCCAAGCAUCUGAACGAUUCCAGCUUUCUCAGCUCCAGAAUCAAUAUCAGAACUCUGGAGAAGACUGCCAUGCAGACGCUCAGCUUCUCCCAGUCAAAAGUCAGAGUGAUAUAUGCACACCACUCCCUCAAAAUAGCCAACAGAUUCAGCAAAUGCUGCACCCGCAGAAUAUAGGUUCUGAUUCUGGCAACAGUUUUAGCAAUCUUGCUGUUGGAGUAAAAUCAGAAUCCAAUCCACGAGGUCAGUGGCCUUCCAAGUCUCAGGAAAAUACUCAAAUGUCUAAUGCUAUUUCAAGUGAAAAGCACAUUCAGGAGGAUUUCCGUCAAAGAAUUACCGGAAUGGAUGACGCUCAACCUAAUAAUUUGACUGAAGGGUCUGUUAUUGGUCAAAAUCAUACUUCUACUAUAUUGGAAUCCCAUAAUUUGCAAAAUUCUAUUGGUACCACAUGUAGAUAUGGAAAUGUAAGUCACGAUCCCAAGUUCAAAAAUCAACAGAGAUGGCUCUUGUUUCUACGUCAUGCACGGAGUUGCAAACCACCAGGAGGGAAGUGCCAAGAUCAAAAUUGCGUAACGGUUCAGAAACUAUGGAGUCACAUGGACAACUGUGCUGAUCCUCAGUGUUUGUAUCCCCGCUGUCGUCACACAAAGGCAUUGAUUGGCCACUAUAAAAACUGCAAGGAUCCACGGUGCCCCGUCUGUGUGCCAGUGAAGACCUAUCAGCAACAAGCUAAUGUGCGCGCCCUGGCCCGUUUAAAAAACGAAAGCAGUGCUGUCAGUUCAGUGAAUAGAUCUGUAGUAUCAGAUGAUUCACUACGCGCUAAUGGUGGAGCGGUUUCUGGUACCCCUCGUUGUGCUGAUACUUUAGAUAAUUUGCAACCUUCAUUAAAGCGGUUGAAGGUGGAGCAGUCUUUUCAACCAGUGGUCCCUAAGACUGAAAGUUGUAAAAGCUCCAUUGUUUCUACAACAGAGGCAGAAUUUUCUCAGGAUGCUGAAAGAAAGGAUCAUAGGCCGUUGAAGUCAGAGAUCUUGGAAGUGAAAGUGGAAAUUCCUGAUAUUUCUGUUCAAGCAGGAUUCGGCAUCAAAGAAACGAAAAGUGAACCUUUUGAAAAUGUUCCCAAGCCUAAGCCUGUCAGUGAACCAGGUAAACAUGGUUUAUCUGGUGACUCGCCAAAGCAAGAAAACAUCAAAACGGAGAAAGAGCCUGGACGGCCGAAGAAAGAAGAUCUGGUGGAGUCUCCUGAACUUACAUCAAAAUCUGGAAAACCAAAGAUAAAGGGUGUUUCUUUAACUGAAUUGUUCACUCCCGAACAAGUGAGAGAGCAUAUUCGUGGUCUUCGUCAGUGGGUUGGCCAGAGUAAAGCCAAAGCAGAAAAGAAUCAGGCAAUGGAGAAUUCGAUGAGUGAGAAUUCCUGCCAGUUAUGUGCGGUGGAGAAGCUUACAUUUGAGCCACCACCUAUUUAUUGUACUCCUUGUGGUGCUCGAAUCAAGAGGAAUGCGAUGUACUAUACUGUUGGAGGUGGUGAAACUCGUCAUUACUUCUGUAUUCCCUGUUAUAAUGAAUCCCGAGGAGACAGUAUUCUCGCUGAAGGGAAGUCAAUACCAAAGGAAAAACUCGAGAAAAAGAAAAACGAUGAAGAGACUGAAGAAUGGUGGGUCCAAUGUGAUAAAUGUGAGGCCUGGCAGCAUCAAAUAUGUGCUCUAUUUAAUGGGCGGAGGAAUGAUGGGGGGCAAGCUGAGUAUACCUGCCCAAAUUGCUAUAUAAUUGAGGUGGAGCAAAAUGAGAGAAAGCCUUUACUUCAGAGUGCUGUUCUUGGAGCGAAAGAUCUGCCAAGAACAAUUCUCAGUGACCAUAUAGAGCAGCGGUUGUUUAAAAGGCUGAAGCAGGAAAGGACUGAGAGAGCCAGGGUUCAAGGAACAAGUUAUGAUGAGAUUCCAACUGCUGAAUCCCUUGUGGUUAGAGUUGUUUCAUCUGUUGACAAGAAGCUGGAAGUCAAAUCUCGAUUUCUUGAAAUUUUUCGGGAGGAUAAUUUUCCGACAGAAUUUCCAUACAAGUCCAAGGUGGUUCUGUUGUUCCAGAAGAUAGAAGGUGUAGAAGUAUGCUUGUUUGGGAUGUAUGUCCAAGAGUUUGGAUCCGAAUGUUCAAAUCCUAAUCAACGCCGUGUUUAUCUCUCGUAUUUGGAUUCUGUUAAGUACUUUAGACCUGAUAUUAAAUCUGCUAAUGGAGAGGCUCUGCGUACUUUCGUUUACCACGAAAUUCUUAUUGGUUACCUGGAAUACUGCAAAUUGCGUGGUUUCACGAGCUGCUACAUAUGGGCUUGUCCACCACUGAAGGGCGAGGAUUAUAUCCUAUAUUGCCAUCCAGAAAUUCAGAAAACACCAAAGUCCGAUAAACUACGGGAAUGGUACUUAGCAAUGUUGAGAAAAGCUGCAAAGGAAGGAAUUGUUGCGGAAACUACAAAUCUAUAUGACCAUUUUUUCUUGCAAACUGGUGAAUGUAGAGCUAAGGUUACAGCAGCUAGGCUCCCGUACUUCGAUGGUGACUACUGGCCAGGUGCAGCAGAGGAUAUCAUAUACCAAAUGAGUCAAGAAGAUGAUGGUAGAAAGGGAAAUAAGAAAGGAAUACUCAAGAAACCCAUCACAAAAAGGGCUCUUAAAGCAUCUGGCCAAUCGGAUCUCUCUGGGAAUGCUUCCAAAGAUCUGCUGCUAAUGCAUAAACUUGGUGAGACCAUUCAUCCAAUGAAGGAGGAUUUUAUCAUGGUUCACUUGCAGCAUUGUUGCACGCAUUGCUGUUCACUGAUGGUAACUGGAAAUCGUUGGGUUUGCAGCCAAUGCAAAGAUUUCCAGUUAUGUGAUGGAUGUUAUGAGGCUGAACAGAAACGAGAAGACAGAGAAAGACAUCCUGUUAAUCACAAAGAUAAACAUAAACUUUUUCCUGUUGAGAUCGCCGAUAUUCCUACGGAUACUAAGGACAGAGAUGAGAUACUUGAAAGUGAAUUUUUUGAUACAAGGCAAGCAUUCCUGAGUCUAUGUCAAGGGAACCAUUAUCAGUAUGAUACACUGAGGCGGGCAAAACAUUCUUCCAUGAUGGUGCUUUAUCAUCUGCAUAAUCCAACUGCUCCUGCCUUUGUGACAACAUGUAACGCAUGUCACCUCGAUAUUGAAAGUGGUCAAGGCUGGCGUUGUGAAGUUUGCCCAGACUAUGAUGUGUGCAAUGCUUGUUACAAUAAAGAGGGUUGUAUUAAUCAUCCUCAUAAGUUAACAAAUCAUCCAUCUCUAGCUGAGCAAAACGCUCAGAAUAAAGAAGCUAGGCAAUUGCGGGUCUUGCAGCUCAGAAAAAUGCUCGAUCUUCUGGUGCAUGCGUCGCAAUGCCGUUCUCCACUUUGUCAAUAUCCCAAUUGCCGCAAAGUGAAGGGGCUAUUCCGACAUGGUCUCCGCUGCAAAAUACGUGCCUCAGGAGGUUGUGUUCUAUGCAAGAAAAUGUGGUAUCUCUUGCAACUCCACGCUCGGGCCUGCAAGGAAUCCAAGUGUGAUGUACCUCGAUGCGGGGACCUAAAGGAACAUCUGAGAAGGUUACAACAGCAAUCAGAUUCACGACGCAGAGCUGCCGUCAUGGAGAUGAUGAGACAGAGAGCCGCAGAAGUCGCUGGAACCUCCGGUUGAUUAAUUUGUAAAUACUAAUUUCAUUUAGGAUCGAAGCAGAAGUGGAAGGUAAUCUUCUUCCGAAGGUUAAGAAGAUAAAAGAAGCUGGUGUUUAUGAUCUCCACUUGGAGAAGAUGAAGAAAUAGUGAAUAACAGC